CUGGUUCUGCUGUCAUCAGCAUUUCGCCACACGUGUUGAGAUUGUCUGACUUUUUGAGCCUCAAAAUAUUCUGCCUAAAUGAAAUAAUUUGUAAUCUGGAAAGACCGGAAAGUCAUCCAAAAAAAUGAGCAGUCAUUCCGGAGGAAAGAAGCAGUACCGGGAAACUAACAGCGCACUUCAAGCAUCCGGACUCAAUUUUGAGCUUGUGAAGAGGGAACAUAUUGAGCAGCAGUCCCAUAUUCAGAUCUUUGCCACUCAGCUCUUCAGAGAUGAGCAAAGAAACCCUGAAUUUUACUCUGCGCUAGAUAGGCGUCUGGGCACGAGCAGCAAAGACAACAAGUGUGAGACAUGUGGACAAGGUGUUUUGGAUUGCCCUGGGCACUGGGGGUUUAUGACCCUGGAGUUGCCAGUGUUCCACAUAGGCUACUUUGGCCAAGUCAUCAACAUUCUGCAGACCAUUUGCAAGGAAUGCUCGCAUGUGCUUCUUACUGGGCAGGUGAAGCAAAAGUACAUGAACAUCAUGAACUCAAAGCUGUCAUACGUCAGCAAAAAGAAGCACAGGAAGGAAAUCCAGGUGCUUGCCAAAAAGACCACUGUUUGCCCAAACUGCACUGCAAUGAAUGGAAUUGUAAAGAAAGGUGUUGGUUUGAUGAAAAUCAUCCACGACCAGAUAAGAAACUGCCCAAAGAAGAAAAAGGAGGACAUACUGCAGGAACGAAUCGCCGAGUGGACAAAUAUUCUUGGUGACAGUGCCGAAGCUGAGAGAAUUGCCCCUUCCACCUUUGUCCACAAUCUCAAUCCGAGGGAUGUGUAUUAUCUGUUCAAACGCAUCCCCGAGUGUGAUGUGCCUCUGCUUGGGAUGUCUCUGUACUCCAUUCAGAGACCACACGAUCUCAUUGUUACUGCAAUCCCUGUGCCACCCAUUGUAAUCCGCCCGUCAGUGAAAAAUGACUUGAAGGCUGGAUCCACUGAAGACGACAUCACGAUGACCAUCAAUGAGAUUGCUUUCAUCAACGAGGUCAUCAAAAAACAUCAAGCAAACAAUGCAAAGCCUGAUAUGAUAUUUGUGGACUGGGAGUACCUGCAAAUAAAAUGUGCUCGUCUGAUCAAUGGUGACGUUAGAGCGCCGUUUGAAAUGCAGCAACACAAGACUAAAAGAGGAUUUGUCCAAAGACUGAAAGGAAAGGAAGGGCGCUUCAGAGGGAACCUGUCGGGAAAAAGAGUAGACUUUUCUGGCAGAACUGUGAUCAGCCCAAAUCCAUACCUCAAAAUUGAUGAGGUUGGAGUCCCUCGACAUGUGGCUAUGACGUUAACCUACCCCGAGAGGGUGAACAACAACAAUAUUGCCUAUCUGCAGAAACUUGUAUCUGCUGGCUCUAACAAACACCCAGGGGCAAACUACUUCAAUAGGCUAGGCUUCAGCAGGAAAGAUCUUGGCUACGGAGACACUAAAAUAGUUGCUCAAAAACUCCGGCCAGGUGACGUUGUUGAGAGACACCUUCAGGACGGUGACAUUGUGCUUUUCAAUCGGCAGCCCAGCUUGCACAAAUUGAGUAUCAUGUCGCACAGAGUAAAGGUUCAAAACACAAGGACGUUUAGUUUUAAUGAAUGUGUCUGCACGCCUUACAAUGCGGACUUUGAUGGAGACGAAAUGAAUCUGCACGUUCCACAGACAGAAGAAGCCAGGGCCGAAGCUCUUAUUCUCAUGGGAAGCAAAUCAAACCUGGUCACUCCAAGGAGUGGUGAAUUGAUGAUUGGAGCAACCCAGGAUUUCCUCACUGGUGCUUUUUUGAUCACUCAGAAAGACCACUUCUUGACGAGAGACAAGUUUUGCCAGCUCAUUAAUUCGUUCCUGGUAGAUGAGGAUGCUGCAAUGAGAGUGGACAUUCCAAAGCCAGCAAUUAUCAAACCGUUGGAACUGUGGACUGGCAAGCAGCUGUUUAGUAUGAUUCUGAAGCCAAAUAAAAAGUGUCCCGUCAAGUGCAAUCUUAGAGCAAAAACCAAACCCUAUAAAGGAAACGACGAAGAGCUGACUGCCGAUGAUUCAUUUGUUGUGAUUAGAAAUUCUGAACUGCUUGCUGGAGCGCUGGACAAGAGUUUGCUGGGCUCUGGUGGCAAAGGCAACAUUUUCUAUGUGCUCCUACGAGACUGGGGUGAAAACGUCUCCAUAAAAGCUAUGGCUAGAUUGGCUCGUCUGACAUCAAACUUCUUGAUGAACAGAGGAUUUUCCAUUGGCAUUGAAGAUGUCAUGCCUGACGAAAAUCUGAUUGCCACUAAAAAGUCGCUUGUCAGAGAGAAGUACCAGAUUUGUGAUGAACUGAUUGCCCAGCACAAAAAUAAUACACUUCAGUGCUUACCUGGCUGCUCUUUGGACACAACUUUGGAGGCGAAGCUGCUUGGAACUUUAUCAGACAUCCGAGAAAAGGCUGGAAUGGCUUGUUUGAGAAGUCUGCCAAGAUACAACAGUCCUAUGACAAUGGCGUUGUGUGGUUCAAAAGGUUCCAUUAUUAAUAUCUGCCAAAUGAUUGCUUGUGUGGGCCAGCAAGCUAUUGGGGGCAAAAGAGUGCCGGACGGUUUUGAGAACAGGGCCCUUCCUCACUUCCCACAUUUCUCUCGUGAACCAGCCGCAAAAGGCUUCGUGGAAAAUAGUUUCUUCUCGGGACUUACUCCUACUGAAUUUUUCUUCCACACUAUGGCUGGCCGUGAGGGUCUUGUGGACACGGCUGUCAAAACCGCAGAGACUGGUUACAUGCAAAGGAGACUGAUGAAGGGUUUGGAAGACUUGUGCGUGCAAUAUGACGAUACGGUGCGAAAUUGCAACAAUAUGGUCAUUCAGUUUUGCUACGGAGAAGAUGGACUGGAUCCAACUUAUAUGGAAGGAAAAGACCAACCUGUUGAGUUUGAACGUAUACUGGAGCACGUAAAAGCCAAAUCACCAUUCCGCAGUGAAGACGGACUGGAGGGUGUAAAAAUUUGUCAGUACACUGAGCAAAUGCUAGAGCAUGAAAUGGAGAAGUGUGGAGAAACUGCUGAUCAGUUCAAAAACUCCAUUCGUCAAUACAUGGACGCAGUUGCAGCCCGCGUCAAUGAGAUUAGAGAAAUUCAGGGUGUGAGUAAAGGCAGAAAACCAACUAAGGUAGAACUGGAACUGGAAAGGCUGACACUGAGUCAGUUAGUAGAAUUCUUUGAGACGUGCCGAGAAAAAUUUAUCCAAGCUAAGAUUGAGCCAGGAACUGCUGUUGGUGCGCUUGCUGGACAGUCAAUUGGAGAACCGGGAACACAAAUGACACUGAAAACUUUCCAUUUUGCUGGUGUUGCAUCAAUGAAUAUCACACUGGGUGUUCCUCGAAUCCUUGAGAUUAUGAAUGCUGCCAAAACUAUGAGCACUCCCCUGAUUACUGCCAAACUUGACGGAAAGGGCCAGUUUGAGGAAGGCGAGGCCAGGAGAAUCAAGGGCAGGAUUGAGAAAACGACACUUGGAGAGGUGUGUCGAUACCUGGAGGAAGUAGUUCUUCCCGACGAAUUUUUCAUAAUCGUCCGUGUGGAUAUUGCAAGAAUUAAACUGCUUAAAUUGGAACUCAAUGCUGCCAUAAUUGCCUACAUGAUCGAUGUGAGCAGCAAGCCAAAAAUCAAAGCCAAUGUAGAAGUGAUGAGUGUGUCUGUGUUAAAAGUUGUACCUAGAAUGGACAAGGAGAAAAGAGAUCCGCAGGAAGUCCUUCAAGAACUUGCAACACUCCUUCCGCAAGUCACCAUUUCAGGAAUUUCAACUGUGAGCCGUGCUGUAAUUAGCCACGAUGAAAAGGACAAUAGCAAGCUUCAGCUGGUUAUUGAAGGAUCAGGACUGAGAGAUGUGUUGGCCACACCUGGCAUUGACUGGAGGCACACAAGGUGCAACAAUAUUUUGGAGGUCAAGAAUGUACUUGGAAUUGAGGCUGCAAGAGCAACUAUCAUUGAGGAAAUUAGAUUUACAAUGAGGGAUUACGGAAUCACCCUUGACGUGCGACACCUCAUGUUGCUAGCGGACCUAAUGACCUCUGUGGGAGACAUGCAUGGAAUGACUAGAUUUGGAUUGGAGAAGAUGAAAGAAUCUGUUUUGAUGCUAGCAUCGUUUGAAAGGACAAGUGAUCAUUUGUUUGAGGCAGCCCUUUAUGGCCAAAGAGAUUCUCUGAGUGGUGUUAGUGAAAGCAUAAUAAUUGGCAAUCCAAUGGAUAUGGGAACUGGACUUUGCAAACUGCUUUACAAAUCUCCACAGGAAGAAGAACCACCAAAAGUUAAAACACCUCUGCUUGCCUCACUACUUGAACAGGUUUAACGCAGUAACUCAUGUGCUGAAUGGACUGUAUUUUUCUGCUAAUAAAAUUGCUUUUAUAAAACCAGAUUUUCUUUCAAAAUUUA